GGGGGUCAGAAGAAAAAAACAGCCGAAACACCGAUGCUGCCUUCUCCAGUUGCUGGAUCUGUUGACUGUCCGGAGCUGUUAAUGGAUCUCCAUCAGGCCUUAAUCAAAGUUUGAAGUUGAAAAGAUUAGAACGACCAAAGCUGGGGUUGUAAAUGCGUCAUCAUCAGAGAACUCAGUAUGAAGAAGUCGACCCGACCGGUGACGAGUAAAAUCGGGGCAGAACGAGGGAAAUCUGAUGCUGGUGGUGCCGGAAAGUCCUCAGCCAAAAGUGCAGCUCCUCUGAAUAAGGUGAAAAGCAAUGAUGAUCUUUUAGCCACCAUGGCUGGAGGGAAUCCUGUCAGCAAGACCAAGAAGACCGCCUCUAUUGCAAGUAGCCCAAAUAACCAAGAAACCAAGCCAAAGACGACAUCAGGGUCUCUUUCUAAACGUACAACAUCAGUAUCUUCCAAAGAACCCAAUUCUUCACGGGAUCGUCUCCGGACAUCCCGUAAUUCAGCUGCUAAAAAGCAGUCAGUAUCAGUGGCUACAUCUGCAGAUGUUACUACGGGAAAGCGCUCCCGGAGCCAGACGGUGGUGGAACCAGAGGGCCGCAUGAGCAAGUCUAAGUCUGAUGGUCAGAUCAGUGAUAAGGUUGCUUUAGAAGCCAAAGUGAAAGAUUUGUUGGGUCUGGCAAAGAGCAAAGAUGUGGAGAUCCUCCACCUCCGCACUGAGCUGAGGGACAUGAGGGCCCAGCUUGGCCUCGGGGGAAAGGAGGCUUUAGAGCAGGAGGCCGGAGACGAAGAGAAGCCCCUAUUUUCAGCAAUUACGGCCGCUGAUGUUGAGUCCACUUUGAUUCUCUUACAAGAGCAAAAUCAAGCCAUCAGAGAGGAGCUUAACCUGUUAAAGAGCGAGAACCGCAUGUUGAAAGACCGCCUAAAUGCGCUGGGCUUCUCUCUGGAGCAAAGGCUGGAUAGCUCAGAUAAGCAGUUCAGCUACCCCUCCUUGAGUCCGGACCUGUCAGCCAGCGGGGCACACAGUGACGGAGGCUGUACAGGUACCCUGACGUCAUCAGUGGAAGGCUCUGCCCCUGGGUCUCUGGAGGACCUGCUCACGGGGCAUCAGCAUGGAGGUUCAGCAGACAACCUGGACAGUGAAUCCAGUGAGGUCUACCAAGCUGUCACCUCCAGUGACGAUGCGCUGGAUGCACCCUCUGGGGCUUCCUCAUCAUCCGAGUCGGACUGUGCUCCAAGCACAGAGCGCUCACGAAGGGACAGCAGCGGCAAUGCCAGCGAGGUGUCAGUGGCCUGUUUGACGGAGCGCAUCCACCAAAUGGAGGAGAACCAGCACAGCACUGCUGAGGAGCUCCAGGCCACGCUGCAGGAGCUGGCUGAUCUGCAGCAAAUUACCCAGGAACUAAAUGGAGAGAAUGAACGGCUCGGUGAGGAGAAGGUCAUCCUCAUGGAGUCCUUGUGCCAACAGAGUGACAAGUUAGAGCUGUAUGGGAGACAGAUUGAGUACCUACGCUCUCUAUUGGAUGAACAUCAUAUCUCCUACGUGCUGGAGGAGGACAUCAAGAGUGGGCGCUACAUGGAGCUGGAGCAGCGCUACGGAGAUCUGGCAGACAAUGCCCGCUUUGAGAGAGAGCAGCUGCUGGGCGUGCAGCAACAUCUGUCCAACACGCUGAAGAUGGCUGAGCAGGAUAAUGCCGAGGCCCAGGAGAUGAUUGCAGCACUGAAGGAGAGAAACCACCAAAUGGAACGCAUCAUUGAAUCAGAAAGACAGGAUCGUGCCGCCUUAGAAGCCACGUUGGACGAGUACAAGGUGGCGGUGAGCAAUGACCAGGCAGAACUGAACCGCUGCAGAGCCCAGCUGGACCAGGAGAGGCAGAGGGUUGCCGAGCUGUACUCGCUGCACACUGCUGGGGACAAGAACGACAUCUGCCAACUGUUGGAGGGGGUGCAGCUGGGGAAGGAUGAGGCGGAAGCUAAGGCAGCAAAGAUGCAGGGAGAGCUAGAACAAGUGCAUGCUGAGCUCAGCCGGCUACAGGAGACUUUCACCAAGCUGGACAGUGAAUACAGAGAUUUCCAGGAGCAGGCGCGGCAGCAGAUUACAGAGCAGGAACGAGCUCUGGAGAAGCGGUGUGCGGAGCUACAGGAGAAAGAGACUGAGAUAGCAGACAUGAAGGAAACCAUCUUUGAACUGGAAGACGAAGUAGAACAGCACCGAGCUCUAAAACUUCACGACAACUUGAUCAUCUCCGAUCUGGAGAAUUCUGUGAAAAAACUGGAAGACCAGAAGCACGACAUGGAGAGAGAGAUAAAGACUCUUAGGCACUCUAUAGCUGGGUCUAUCUCCGGGACCAAACCCCUUUCAUCCUUGAGUGAUAAGAGACCUAGCUACACAGACAUAACCAUGCCAGCUGACCACCUCCUCAGAGGGGCCCCAACCAGCCGCACACCUCCUGUCCUUCAGAGGGUCUCCAACAUGGACUCCACCAAGGCUGUUUCAGUGUCGCGCAGGAGCAGCGAGGAAAUCAAGAGGGACAUAACGGCUUCAGAUGGGGCCUCCUCCACUUCCCUUAUGGCCAUGAGUGCUGCUUCCUCCCCACUCUCCCUGUCCUCUUCCUCCCCCACAGCUUCUAUCACACCCACAGCUCGCAGCCGCCUCAGGGAGGAGAGAAAGGAUCCAUUGUCAGCGCUGGCCAGGGAAUAUGGGGGAUCCAAGAGAAAUGCUUUGCUGAAGUGGUGCCAAAAAAAGACUGAAGGUUAUCAGAAUAUCGAUAUCACCAACUUCAGCAGCAGCUGGAAUGAUGGCUUAGCCUUCUGCGCUUUGCUGCACACCUAUCUGCCUGCACACAUCCCUUACCACGAGCUCACAAGCCAGGACAAGAGGAGAAACUUCACCUUAGCUUUCCAAGCUGCAGAGAGUGUCGGCAUUAAAUGCACAUUGGACAUUAAUGAGAUGGUUCACACAGAGCGACCCGAUUGGCAAAGUGUCAUGACGUACGUCACAGCCAUCUACAAAUACUUUGAGACUUGACCUCCGACUUUACCAACUCAACCAGCAUGCACCUGCAGCAGUCAGAGGUUCAUUGACCUUCCUGAGCUCCCAACAACCAUACCUCCUCCUCACUUUACACAUCUGUGCUCACUUUUUUAUGCCGUUAACAGCAGGCUCAGUCAUAAGUUAACUGCAAUACUAGUAAGCCAUUAAAGGAAGUGAUAGAAGCCAACGCAGCUUAUUAUGAGCUGAUCUUCAGGAAAAUCCUCUGGAUAAGUUUAUCUCUACAGGACUGUAUAAAAAGAAAGCAAGUCUCUGUGCCUUCUUUUUGGUUCUACGUUUUGCUAGUUUCCAGGUUGUUGACAGGGAAGUUGCUUCAACCCAAAUUAAAUCAAUCAUAUAUUGUGAAAAUGUCUUGUGUUUACCACAGAAUAUUUAUGUUUAGUCCAUUGUUUAAAAACACAUCAGAAAGAUUUGACUCCCAAAAGGAGUUUUGCAAGUCUUCCGAACAUUAUGGUGGGAUCCAGAUGCCUCUUUUUUAAUAAAGUGCCUGUGUAGGUUUAAUGCAAAGCGGAAGAAGAUCUGCUCUGCAACAGUGUUUGAAGCUAAUAAUCCAGCAAGUUGUCGAAUGGGCAUCAACGACUUAUUUUCUGCCUGUUAAAACUAUCAUAAAGCAACACUUCUUAAGCACAAAGCAUGUUAGGUUCUCUCACUCUAUCACACAGUUUAAGCCACACUAACACUAAUAUUCCUUUAAUGUUUAUAAAGACACAAAUGCUUAACAGUUGUUUAAUAUUUUUACAUUGCAGUUCCACUAUAUUUAUCUUGCACAUGGAGCACAUGCCAUUUCUCUAGAACCUAAAUCUAAACAGAAGGAAUCAGCAGAUUGUGUUUUAUUGUGUGAAAAAUCAUGGUUCUAGUCUUGAGAAUUCAGCAGAGGGCCUUUAGUUACUCGUUUUACAUUUGGAUGCAUAUGUUUUGUACUUUCCUAAUAACUGAAGGAAUUUUCCACACAGCUAUAAUGUGAAGCUGGUACGACUACAGCCUAACUUUGCAUAAAUGCUGGAAGCAGAAAAAGGAAAGACAUCCAAGCACCACUUAUAAUUACUAACAUGUUUUGUUUUGUAUAAAAGCAUCAGUUUGAAUACUGGUUGUUUUAAAGGCACUAGUUUUUCUUGCUGUAAAGCCCCAACUUUGUAAAGUCUUUUGAAAACAGAAUUGUUUAUUUUUAAAUGUUGGUUAAGUUUUCAGACUGACGUGACUGCAUAUUGAGCAUGCAGACAUGAAUCUGAUCUGAUCCCAGCUCGUGGUUGAACCUCCAACAUGUCAAAUUUCUUUUUUUUUCUGCAUUUAUUUGGCUAAAUGUGAUCCACCCUCUAACUUUAUGACCGUGAUCAGUGUUCUUUUUUAGUAUAACUAAUCCACACUAUUGAUGUGUAAAUGCCUUGUAUCAACUCUAAUAGAUUUGUUACUGCUGUGUGCUGCUUGUGCCUCACAUACCAAUGUUUUUUUAAUUAUUUGUAUUUAUUUGCCUAGUUUCCAUAAAAUCCUUACUUUCUAACCUAUCUAUAAAGUUAUUGCACACACAGCAAGUAGCUGCACUGAGAUAAGCUGUUUUUGUUAUGCCACACCAAUGUUCUUGCCUUAAGAAUUAAGCCAAGGCCUCUGCUACUGAGAAGUUGCCAUGUUGUACUUGCCUUUCCCCCCAGGCCUGUGUCAACGUUUUUUCCAAACGUUGUUUGGAACCAGAGUUGGGAUUCACUCAUCUGUCUCCCAAACGGGGGAUGAGACACUUUUUCAGUCUGGAUCUGCCAGUGGUGUCAGUAGCACUAUAUUUGCCUCGGAUGUGGAAGCUGCAGCGCUUGCCAGGCCUCAUCGCUGCACUGUUCAUCUGCUUUAGACAUUCAGAGAUUUAAGGACGGCACAAGAACCUUCAACAAUGACCGUUUCUGCUUCACAUACAAGAUUAAACAAGUUAUUUAGUAGUGUUCUAAGGAAUUGGCUUCUUUUCACGAGGCGAUAUGUGUCAAUGUGGUGUUGAUUAUCAGUCUAAAGUUUAUAGCACGUUUUAAUGCGACCGCCAGCCUCCCUGUGUUUUACUGCUCUUGACAGGAAUCUGUGAGAUUUGGAGUCUCCUUGAAGCAGAAUGUGUUUUGAUCACGCCUUAGUGAUCCUGGACUACUUUUUACAAGGUCCAGCAUGUGCCAAUGUGGAGUGAUUGAUGAACACUGAAGCCCCGGCCUGCUGAGAUGGGACCAGACAGCUGGCAGAAGCUAGAAAGCACAUUCCACCUCCCUGUGAUGCAGCCCUGAUGGGCAUUUCACAGAGGGUAAAAAGCUUAAGUGAUGCUCUUACAGCAGUUGCCUUUUGUGUUUUUGCAGCCUUUUAUUUUUCUGAAUGAAAUUACAUACCUGCAUUACUGAACGAGUCGUUUUUGUAGGUAAGACCUGAAAAACAUCUGAUUUACGAGUCAUUCCUCCAGUGUAAAAGCCACUAAGCUACAGAGCACAUUAUCAUGAUUAUCAGCUGUAAGAAAAUGUUCUGUUUUUUGUUUUUUCCUGUAGUAAAAGUACAUUAAACUGUG